UCGAUUUGGAUUGGGUAAAAUUAGUAACAGUCAGUUCAGUAGCUUUAUGUUUUCCCCAGUCUCUGAAUUAGGAAGCAUCUUCAUCUUUAAUCGUCAAGCUACUCGACGAGAAUGGCGUCUGCUUUCUCUGCAUUUCGUGUUUCGAUGUCGAGAAUUAGUCCCUUCCGUGAUAGCCGGUUCUCUUAUCCCGCCACGUUCGCUUUAGCUCAUACCAAACGAAUCAUGUGCAACUCUUCGCACUCUGUAUCUUCAUCUCCUUCUCCAUCUGACAUUUCUUCUUCUCCUUCUCCUUCUUCGUUGAUGGAUACAAAAGAAAUCGCGAGGUGGAGACCCAUGUGUUUGUAUUACACUCACGGGAAGUGCACAAAGAUGGAUGAUCCUGCCCAUUUGGAAAUUUUCAACCAUGAUUGUUCCAAGGAGCUUCCAGUGACUGCAGCUGAUCUUGAGAGAAAGAAGUCACAAGAAUUCAACUUUUUCUUGGUUAUUGACUUGGAAGGAAAAGUUGAGAUUCUUGAGUUUCCUGUUUUGAUCGUAGAUGCCAAUACCAUGGAAGUCGUAGACUUGUUCCACAGGUUUGUAAGACCCACAAAAAUGAGUGAGCAAGCAAUUAACAAAUUCAUGGAAGGCAAGUAUGGGGAACUCGGUGUUGAUCGUGUGUGGCAUGACACAGCUAUUCCAUUUAAGCAAGUUGUUGAGGAAUUUGAAGCUUGGUUAGCUGAGCAUUGCUUGUGGGCUAAAGAUGCAGAUGGGGCUCUGAACAACGCAGCUUUUGUAACCUGUGGAAAUUGGGACAUCAAGACAAAGAUUCCUGAACAAUGCGUGGUGUCAAAUAUCAAGCUUCCGCCAUAUUUUAUGGAAUGGAUCAAUCUCAAAGACGUCUACUUGAAUUUCUACGGCCGUGAGAUGACAUGACAGGCCAGAGGAAUGGUGUCAAUGAUGAAGCAGUGUGGAAUAAAGCUCAUGGGAAGUCACCAUCUGGGAAUUGAUGACACAAAGAACAUCACGAGGGUGGUCCAACGGAUGCUCUCGGAUGGUGCAGUUCUUAAGAUCACAGCUCGAAGAAGCAAAUCCAAUACAAGAAACGUCGAGUUUCUGUUCAAGCACAGGAUCAAGUAAAGUUCUCGAGGAAAAAUGACAAACACAACAAGGCUUGCUUUAUGAUCCAUAAAUUAGUUACUUUUUAGUCAAGUCUUAAAGAUAGAGAGGAAGGUAGAAGGCGAUUUGCUUUUUAGUUUUGUAUAAUUUGGUACGUCUUUUAAGUUUUGUUUAUUUUUUUUUUCUUUUAAAAGACAAAUUUGUUUAGUUCUCCUAUUAACUCUAUGACUUGCUGAGAGUUAUAUAUU